UAUUUCUCAGUGUACCGGAUAUGAAUAUGAAUUGUGGGCAACGCGGACUUUUCAAAACAAAAAUAUGAGAGUAAACUAGUUCAACAAAAAAAGAAAGAAAUGUCAACACAACAAUAUACCCAAACAAAAAAGGAACUCAUGAUGCAUCUAGAAGCAGAACGCCUUAAAUCAUUUGAAAAUUGGCCUUUCGAUGAGUCAUGUAGAUGCACACCUGCAAAGUUAGCUAAAGCUGGGUUUUAUAGUUGUGCAACAGAAAAUGAACCAGAUGCUGUACAAUGUUUUAUGUGUUUUAAAGAAUUAGAUGGAUGGGAACCAGAUGAUGAUCCAUGGCAAGAACAUAAGAAUCAUUCACCAUCCUGUCCUUUCCUACAACUGACACAACCUUUAGAGAGUAUGACAUGUGAACAAGUAUUAAAGCUAGAGAUGACUAGAAAUAAAAAUAAAUCAAAAAAGAUCCUUGAUAAAACUCUAAAUGAAUUUAUGGACACAGUAUCAGGUGUCCGAGAUGAGAUGAAGAAGUUAGCGGGCUAACAUUCAUUACAAUGACUGAUGUACAAGCAGUGAAAAUGUAGAAAAUAUUCUUUAAAAGUGAAAGCAUGUAUAGUGAAUGAAAGAGAGAGACUUUGCAAUAAAGAUUUAUGUUAAAUGUAUGGGUAUAUAUUUAUAAAUGCUUUUUUACAUUAAAAAUUGUGAUGUUUUA